CCCGGUCGCCAGCUAGAGCAUUCCUCGCGGGGACACUGACAAGAUGCAGCCGGUUCCAGCACGCUCAGCUUCACGGCUGCUCCUCGCCGCUUCAGCGGCGGCCAUUCUUCUGGUUCAGGUGCUGGGUGACGGGGCCCCGACCACGACAGUCGCAGCUGGCCAGGACGGCGACAACGCAAAGCCCGAAGUAUCCGUACCUCCCCCAACGUGUGACAAGGACAGCGUGCAAACGGCAGUGACUUCGAAGAAGCCAAAGACCGUGGGUCACCCCUUACGCCCGUUUAACCUGGGUAUCAACAUCCCGUACUUCUUCAACAUGCGACUACUGACGGGAUCCGGUGGCACCGGCCUGGGCCUCAACAUACCGGCCAUUCUCAACUUUCAGCUGGACACCGCGCACCGAAGGCGUCCGGGACUGCUGCUCAACCUCUUCGGAAACAGGGGAAACCUGUUCAACCGUCGCAAGCGCCCGGGAAAUCCGCUGCUCAGCUCCCCGCUGCAGCCGCCGUUCACGCAAGCUCCGGAACAAGACAACGCGAUCGACAUCAAGCGAAAGCCUUCCCAGAAGGCUUUGUGAGGGGUAUAUGUGAGGCGUGCCAGAACAGCUCCUUAGCCCUCCCAGUUGCACAAAUUAACGUGGCACAGCAGCUACGGUAGCAAGUCAUUAUGUCGGUUCAUGUUCGAAAAUAUAUGUCUUCUUAAGAGUACUAGAAAUGUCGUUUCAGACGCGCUCAUUUCGCAGACGUUGCCAUUGCCUCAGAAUUAAAAUUAUCGUCUGUUACUGCCAUCAAUAAUGGAGGCCGAUUUAAGGCAUGUUGUAUACUCCUACAUAAAAAAGUUUAUUUAAAGAAAAGGAACACACGUAAGUGUCCUUCUUAAAGCGUCAACGAUCGGUCAUGUUUUUUAAACAGCUUCCAUUGUCAUUUAUAGACAACUUGACGUCAUACGGCUCGGAUGAGAAAAUACUCAACUGGCUGGUAUAGCUCGUUUCUUGUAGAGAGCAGCGAGCGGAAGUCAAAUGCUGUGUAGUGUAAGAGGACUAAACGAGUAAGAAAAUGCGGGGCUUAAGCCUGGUAAGGCGACUAAAACAAUAGGUAAGUGAGAGGAACGCACGACGUCGCGCGCCACUGCUUGCGCUGGAGUUGCAAAAAAAGAGAGAGAGAAAGAGAGAGAACAAGAUAUGCUAUCUGCGUGCUGGACGACACUUUUACAUUAGGCUAAUUUGAUCAUCAUAGCUCUUAUUCCUUUCUUGCUAGCAGAGCUAACCGCAAUUUCUGUCUUUUCAAUAAGGCUAUCUUUAAUCUCUUUAUCUUUAAUCAUCACUCGCUAUGACCCAAACGUGCCUGCGUGCACAUAAGAAUUUCGGACAAUUACCAGUGUCAAGGCCGCAUGAUUAGUGCUCACAUUUAUAUUUAUGCUGGCAGUGUAGCUUGACGCCUUGCGCUUUUGAAUUACUCUAUAAAAUAAAAAUACGGUCGCAGAAAGAAGGUUUAGGUAUGUAAGAUAAACCUGAUUAAACAUGGUUACUGUCUCUUUGUGUCAUUGCGCAUACAGUGGCAAAUAUACGACUCGAUUUGUGAAAAAUGCAAUGUGAAUAUUGUGAUAGCGAUCGAAAACGCUUGUUCUAACAUUCCCGCCAGUGUUUCAUUAGGCGUAGCGAUAUCUCGGGCAUAGAGACCUUGCCUGAAUGUUGCGUUUGUGUGUUUUCCAAUAAAUGAACGCACCCAAAUUGUACAUAUA